AAAUGUGAUGAUGAUCAAAUGUUGAUAGAUGGCAGACAAAAUGACAGAUGUUCAAUUAAACCGGAUCACACAUUUACAAACGGACAGACCGUUCCUAUUGUUAUUGAUUCAAGGAAUAUUAUUGAUUAUGCAACGUGGAAAAUUAACGAUACAAUUGUAAAGGAAGACUUUCAAGAAUCAAAAUUUAACACUACUGUACAUCCAUCCCUUGAAGGCAUAUGGGAAUUCAAGUUGCUGAAUCGUAAAGAUAAUAAUGAUAUGAAUGUAGCUAUAGAACACAAACAAGGGCACAACUAUACGAAGAGGAUCUGUUUUACAAACGUCAAAAUAGUGCCGGGUCAACUUCCAGAUCAGAAUUCAAACUUGGUUAUAAUUCUUAUAACUGGGAGCGUUGUUGCCGUAAUAAUCAUAUUUGCUCAAGCGUCGUAUAUUGUAUAUUUGAAGUCUAAAGCUCAAGCUAUAAACAGACAUCAAAAUCUGUCAAAGAAAUCGGAAUCAACAAAUACUAAUGACAGAGCUCGCUACUGCUCGGACCCUGGACAAAAGAUGGUGAAAAUAGUUGCCCUGGUAGACCCAGACAAAGAGAGUGAUACUAUAUAUGAAGCUCCUCAAAUUGAAUUGCCAGUUCGAGAAGAGCGAGGAGCAGUGCAUCCACCACAGCCGCCCGCAGUCAACACAAUACCACGGAAUCCAAGAGUAGAUACAGAGAAACUGGGGCCUCUCACAAUAGCAGCAUUAAACGCUCGACAGGCACAAACUGCGAAUUAUCCAACGCCGAAACCAAUUCAACAUGAAAUGAUUGUUGCCAACCGACCUCCCCUGCCACUACCCCAAGACACAUAUGAAGAAAUGCUGGUUGAAGAAAACACUUAUGAACCGCCUCCUGCUAACAUCUUGCCAAUCCUUAAAUCGUCGGUUCAGCCAAAACUAACUAAGGAUCAACUUGAUACAGCGGUGAAGGCGUUGACGAAUAAACCAGCUGUCACUCCGAAACCACCACGACCGAGGACGAAUUCUGACACAAUGAAGAUUCCGAACGAAUUAGAAAAUGCUUGGAGAAGGAGAAAUGUUGUACAAGUACCAAUAGUUUCAAUACCGGGUCCGAGUUCAAGAAACGCGUCACCACACAGACUUAGGAAACCGCCGCCCGCUGUGAAAUCAAAGCCACCGGUUCCCCAGCCUCUAGAUCAAGGCAUAUACUACAAUCAACGCCAAGACUCAUCGGAUGAAGAAUGGACCUACGAACCACUACAACCUAUGAAGGGAUACAAUAUCGAAAAUAUCUACAAUGUUUAAUAUGGGAACUGUGAAAAUUGAGGCCAAAGAUUUAAUAUAGACAAGUACAAAAAUGACCACAAUUAAUGUAGCCCUUAGACCAUACCAUUAGAUUGACUCUUAGCUAGUAUAAAUUACUUACCACAUGGCUAAAAUAGUAGAUUUGUACAAAAAUGCUGUUGGUCUGAAAAAACUGCAUCAGAUUAGCUUCAGCCGUUUAGGAGCUAUGAGUUAGCUAGGUGCAUGAACUCUUUUUUAAUCCGAAGCGAAGUUUAAAAAUCGAA